UGGCUUGGCGGGCCCAGAUCCGUGAUGAUGUCCGCCCCCACCUCCGCCCCCGCGAGCGGGCCCGGCCGGGGGCGGCGCUGGGGCUGGCUGCCGUGGAGAGACGCCCUCCUGGGGGCGGCGCUGCUGCUCCUGCUGGUCGGGGGCGGGCCCGGGGGCGGGCCCCUCGGGGCGGCGGGGCAGAGCGCGCAGGCCGCGGUCACAUGCCCCACCGAGGAGGAGAUCUCGCCGUGCCGCUGCAGCCUGCGAGGCGACGAGAUACAGAUAUGGUGCAGCCACAGCGAGCUGCCCGCGGUGCUGGCGGCGCUGCGCAACGUGGCGCGGCUGCUGCCCACGCGCGCGCUGGACGAGCUCAUCCUCGAGAACAACGCGUGGACUUCUCUGGGCGGGUCCGCGCUGGCGGGGCCCACGGGGCUACGCGUGUCAAGACUGAUGCUGCGUGACAACGGCCUGGAGACGGUGGCGGCGACGUGGCUGGCGGGCCUGGAGGACUCGCUGCUCGAACUGUUCCUGGUCGAGCCGCUGCUCAGGGCCUUCCCGGACGACUCUCUCAUCCCGUUCAAGCGACUCGAAGCCGUGACGCUGCAGUGCGGGGAGAUGCAGCGUCUGCCGCGCCUGGCCGGCCUGCCCCGCCUCCGCUACGUGCUCGUCCAGUCCGCCAUGCUGUGGGAGCUUCCCCCGGGCCACCUCGGCAACCUGCCCUAUCUGGAGCAGCUGCACAUCGUGUCGUCGCCGAGGCUCGCCUCCCUGGACGCCGGCGCGGUGAGCGACCUUCCUCGCCUCUCCUCCGUCAACAUCUCCGACUCGGGCCUGACGUGGAUCCACCCGCGCGCGCUGCAGCGGCUGCCCGCGCUGUCCGAGGUGACGCUCCGCGCCAACAAGCUCUCGGACGCGGCCAUGGUGGGGCGCGCGCUCAGCGACCUGCCCUCGCUCGCCGUGGUGCAGCUCAACGACAACCAGCUCGAGAUCCUGCCUUCCGCCUCCUUCGCCGACCUGCCCGCGCUCCGGGAGCUGUCCCUGGCCGGCAACCAUCAGCAGGUGAUUUAA